AUGCAAUUUCCGUUUAUGUCUCCUGGUGUGCCAAGCUAUAUCACUUACGCAAUGGUAGGCGCAGUAAUAGGUCAUGAAGUGUCACAUGCCUUCGAUGAUCAAGGUAGUCUUUAUGAUGAGUAUGGAAAUUUGCAUAAUUGGUGGGAUGCAAAAACAGCGCAUAAGUUUUAUGAAAAAACGCAAUGUUUCAUAAAACAAUACAGCGCAGUAAAAGUCAAAGAAGCUGGCGUGCAUUUGAAUGGGCGAUUAUCAGUUGGUGAAAAUAUCGCUGAUAAUGCUGGUGUUAAGACAGCUCUAAUUGCUUACAAAUCGUGGCUCGAGAAGAAUUAUUAUCGUGAAGUAGCCUUGCCAGGUUUUCAAAACAUGACUAGCAUACAAAUGUUCUUCCUUGCAUAUGCCAAUAAUUGGUGCUCACUGAUAAGGCCAAAAUAUUAUUUACAAAUAAUAAUGGCUGAUGUGCAUGCUCCAAGUAAAUAUCGUGCAAUUAUACCCCUCCAGAAUCGCCCUGAAUUCGCGGAAGCAUUCCAUUGUCCUAGUGGUUCACCGAUGAAUCCAACCAAAAAAUGCUCUAUUUGGUGA